AUGCCGCCCACUCCAGGGGCCCAUGCAUCUCCAUACAGUGAGCUUUUCACCCCCCGUGGAAUCGGCCACCACACCGAGAUCCACCACAACCUCCGCGCCUAUAUUCGUCACUACGUUGAAACCUCUCUUGCACCCUAUGCCCAAGAAUGGGAGAUAAAGGGCGGAAUUCCCGAGGAGGUGCGAAUGCGCCAUUGCGAACUAGGUUUCAAUAUUAUGCACCCCCUCCACGUAGCCGGCUUGUCUCUUCCAGGAAAUGUGCCGUUUGGUAAAUGGGAUAUAUGGUGCAGCCUUAUUGUGAUUGAGGAGCUUACACGUGUUGGGUUUGUCGGCGUGAUCUGGGGUCUUGGUGCUGGAAACACAAUUGGAUGCCCUCCUAUUGCCAAGCACGGAACUCCAGAGCAGCAGAAGCGAUGGCUGCCAGGCGUUGCCAAGGGUGACAUCAGAUUUUGUCUUGGGAUUACGGAGCCUGACGCCGGCUCAGAUGUCGCUCGUAUCAAAACCACGGCUAGACGUGAUGGUGAUGUGUACAUUGUGAAUGGUGGAAAGAAGUGGAUAACUAAUGGAGUCUGGGCUGAUUUCUGUACCGCUGCUGUGCGAACAGGUGGCUUGGGAGCUGAGGGCAUUAGCUUGCUUGUAAUUCCCUUGAAUGCAACUGGAGUUACUCGCCACAGGAUGUACAACUCUGGCGUGAAUGCAAGUGGAUCAACUCUCAUCAUAUUUGAUGAAGUGCGUGUUCCAGUCGAAAACUUAAUCGGUGAGGAGAACAACGGAUUCAAACUUAUCAUGUCAAACUUCCACGCAGAGCGUAUUGCACUAUCUUGUGCAUCCAUCCGUCUGGCCCGUGUAUGUGUCGAAGAUGCAUACAACUAUGCAGUUCAGCGUGAAACUUUUGGUGUUCCCUUGAUCGAGAGACAGGUGAUUCAAGCCAAAAUUUUCGAAAUUGGAUUGAGUAUUGAACCCGCGUACGCGUUCUUGGAACAUCUAGUCAGUGUUCUCCAGCAGAUAAACGACAAACUUUCUGAUGAUUCCACAAUCCGUGCCGUCCCAAUCAGUAUCGUCCCCGCUCAUUUAAUUAGCUCAUUUCAGGGUAUGAUCGGCUUGCUGAAGGUCACAUCUACCAGAGCUCUAGAGAAGAGUGUGAGAGAGGCCCAGCAGAUUCUCGGAGGUGCUGGAUACAGCAAGUCUGGAAAGGGAGCACGCAUUGAACAGAUCAGUCGUGAUGCUCGAGUUCAUGUUAUCGGCGGUGGCAGUGAGGAGAUCAUGAUGGGUAUGAGCAUACGGAGUUUUGAUGCAAUAAAGAAAAGAAAAGAAAAGAGACUGGCCAAGAUCUAG